AUGUCGGGUAUCAUCUCGAAGACUCUAUCGGGCUGCUCGGAUACUGCGUGCCCGAAGGAUCUUCAUUCAACACGUGCCACACUUCCAUGGGGCCGGCGAAAUGACGCAUCCUAUUUUACCGGUGCCGCAUGUGCUGUAGCCAUAGCUGUGUGUCCCACGCUGACAAUAUUUUGGUGGAUCACCCUACAAUACUAUGAUGCUGGCCUCUCGUCAGCUGUUGUUUCACUCAAGGCAGAAGGACUUGUCGGUUUCCUCCGCCAAAAUUUUCCCAAGACGAGCCUGAAAGCUUGUGUUGCUUAUGGAGGAUGGGUGAUCUUUCAAACAAUUCUAUAUGUAACUCUUCCAGGCAAGAAAUGCACAGGACAGUUAACACCAGCGGGUAACCUUCUUGCCUACAAAACUAAUGGCCUUUUAGCUUGGACAAUGACGGUGUUCCUUGCAGCUUGUGUUUGCGCAGCGGGGUUGGUCGACCCAGCCGUGGUCGCAAAGCAUUGGGGGAGUCUGUUGGUGGUGCUUAAUGCGAUCAUUCUUCUAUGA